AUGGCCGGUAUUUUGAGUAGAAUUUCUGCACAUGGUGGGCAGAUUCUGCGUGGAAUGCUUUCUGUCAGAAGCCCAGCCAUCGUCGAAUCAACAGCGGGAUUCAAGGUUGUUUUCCCUCUUGAAAGUUAAGCUUGAACUCUUAAAGAUGCUAAACUCCAGCUCUUACUUCUAUUAUCAAUACCAUUUUAAGGUUAAAGCUAGACUGAAGCUGCGCUGCAGAAGUUGCUAUUUCAUCCGUGUUGACGGUCGACUGCACGUUGAAUGCAACGAACAUCCUCGGCAUAAGACGAGGGAAAUUUUCGACGUCAAGACACUUUGGUGA